ACAUUUCGUAGUUUUCCGGGUUUUCCAUCAUGCAACUCAUAAUUUUCGCUGGCCUGCUAGUUGCCGCAGAUAUAAGCAUGGCUGCAGACUUGGGUCCAAGUCCGCCGUCCGAAUGCUGCAGCGUACGGAAGUACAGCAUCCCGACUACUCCAUCGGAGUCCCUGCCUGGAAACGCUGCAAGCCCGUGGCAAUACGCCGUCCGUGUCGGCCAGAUCCUGUAUGUGACAUCGCUGCGCGCCUUCGCCUCUUUCACCCACCGCGACACCAUUUUCAGCGUGGGCAACACCAAUGCCGAAGUCACCCAGAUCAUGAUGUUGAUUAACAACAUCCUAAUGGAAGCCGGCUGCACCUGGAGCAACGUGCACGAUGUAGAAGUCCUGGUCACCGGUGACCCCGACGACAAGUUCCCCGCCGUCUACAAAGCCAUGGACAGGUUCUGCCGUGCUUUAAAUUGCACUGAUUUUCCUUGGGCUGCUCAUUUCCGCACUGCUGAAUCUCUUGCCGACAACGCCACCGUUGAGUUCGCAGUACAGGCCAGCAACUGCGAGUGGGAACACAAGGCAUCUCCCCAGCAUAAGGGUUUACAGUCCGAAUGUUGCGGCCCUUUGAAGCGUUACCCUGUUCUUUCUUCGUUAGUGGAAUCGACUGAAAGCGCCCCAAAUCCGUGGAAGUAUGCGGUCCGCGUAGGCCAGAACCUACACGUGAGUUCGGUGCGCGCCUUCAAAACCUUGACCGACCGCACCAUCAUCAGUCCGGGAGGCGCCUACACCGAAACCAAACAGAUUAUGACGUUGACGGAAGAGAUCCUCAGCAAAGCCGGCUGCAGCUGGAAUAAUGUGCACGAUGUGGCACUACUGGUCACCGGCGGCCGCGAAAACUACCCUGUAAUUGACAAGGCCAUAAACGAUUUCUGCGGUGAAUCUGCAUAUAAUUGCUCUGGUUUUCCUUGGGCUGCCCAUUUGCGCUCUGCUCCAUCUCUCGCCAACCAAGCGACCGUCGAAAUCGCAGUACAGGCCAGCUAUUGCCCCUGGAAACCUGUGGAUCACGAGUAGUCCUCGCUAGUAACGAGACUGGCUUGCAUGGCAGCCUUGUCGCAACAUACAUCCAAUAAAUUGCUACUAACAUCCACUGCGUAUGCGUUUUCGCCGAAUAACUCAAUUUUAAACGGUGCAGAGAGCGUGAACACCGUUUUUGGUUCAGCCUAGAUUUACUUAAUUUUAAUUUUGCUUCAUGAAUUAACACAUCAAGUGGUUUUGUUUGCAUCAAAAGAGGUAACAAAAUG